AUGUGGACCUUUCUGGGUAUUGCCUCCUUCAUUUACGUGUAUAAAAAGUGUGGAGACCUCAUGAAUUACGCUAAUAAGGAGGUGCUACUCUCCGUGUUAGUGUUUUUCUCCCUCGGCUUGCUGCUAUCGUACAGGUACCGCUUCAGGGGGCCCAAGCAGCAGCAGCAGCAGCAGAAGACCCACCUGGGGAUGCUAUCUGAUGUUCUCUCAGCUUUACCACUUGUUGGCUUCUUCUGGGCCAAACCAACCCCAGGAUCUCAACAAGUCGAACAACUCAAAUCCAGAAAGGGUAAGAGAGAAGUAAGCUUCUCGGAUGUAUAUCUGGCAGAGACUGCUCCAAAUGCUACAUUAUCACCCCAAUAUGAUCCAGAAAUUAUCAUUGUGGGAUCAGGCGUCCUUGGUUCUACCUUGGCCACGGUGCUCUCGAGGGAUGGAAGGAAGGUGACUGUGAUAGAGAGGGAUCUGAAGGAACCUGACAGGAUAGUUGGAGAACUGUUGCAACCUGGAGGUUUUAAUGCACUUAAAGACCUGGGUCUUGAAGAUACAGUGGAAGGUAUUGAUUCACAAAUAGUAAAUGGCUACAUAAUUCAUGACAUAGAGAGCAACUCGGAGGUUGAAAUUCCUUAUCCAACAUCUGAGGAUGGUCGUGUGGCGAGUGGAAGAUCUUUUCAUCAUGGCCAGUUCAUCAUGGGUCUCCGAAGGGCAGCUAUGGCAGAGCCCAAUGCAAAAUUCAUUGAGGGAACUGUGUUACAGUUGCUUGAGGAAGAUGACUGUGUCGUGGGUGUUCAGUACAAGGACAAAGAAACUGGAGACACUAAG